CUCGCGCAUCCCGCGUGCUUCAGCCUCUCUGCGCAUCUCUGAGUGAUGCGGUCUUAUUUCUGCUGCUCUGCGCAAAUGAUCACAGCCCGAAGAGACCGGCAAUAUCUCGCCAAACGGUAGAUAAAUAUAAAAGCAGCCUCAUUUAAAGUCACCAUCCAUAUUUAGAUGGAUAAACUCGGGCGUUUCGAGGCUGUCAAGUUGUUAGUUGUUUUUGAGGCCGAAUGUUGGCCAAGGAUGCUGUAGGAAGUGAAAGUGUCAUCGCCCCAUCCAGGGCGCUUCUUGUAGCUCAAGGAUAUUGUGCGAACGGGACUAACAUUUGCAGCUGCGUUUCAUUACAUGAGGAACCUUCAGGCCACAUUUGAUGUUGCAAAGCUGCCCACAUCAGAUGAUAUCUGUGGCCAUGUGACCUGGCCUGGGCCCAUAUUACCACUGAGUUGGACCGUGCUCUGAAUGAUCCAGAGAUGAACGUCAUCCCCCCAUUCUGCAGUCUUUGUCAUAUUGUGUUGCAAUCAUUCAUGGAGGUCUGAGAAGUCUCUGCCAUCAUCAGUCUUGAAAUUGGCCAAAUUUCCAACCAUUUUGUGUCAUACAGCGCAACUAAAAGCGUGCAAUUAAAUCAGUAGGGAGCUGGGACGGGAGGGGUCAGCCAAUUGGAGGAGAGAGAUGUGGACGCAGGAGCGGUGGGCGGCACUAGCAGUGUUGUCAAUAAUCUUGCUGCUGUCAAAGGUGGUGGCUCCAAUUGAAGUCCCACUGGACCCAAAGAUCCAGGAAGAGCUGAAACAACCCCCCACCAUUGUAAAGCAGUCACUAAAGGACUACAUUGUGGACCCCAGAGAUAACAUCAUCAUUGAAUGCGAGGCCAAGGGGAAACCAGUGCCAACAUUUCAGUGGCGGCGGAAUGGGAAGUUCUUUAACGUGGGGAAGGACCCGCGGGUGAUCAUGCGGAGUCGUUCCGGAACACUGGAGAUCAGAAGCAGCGGGAAAUCGGAAGAUUAUGAAGGAGAGUACCAGUGCUUCGCCUCCAACGAAUUUGGCACGGCGAUUUCCAACAAAAUCCUACUACGAGUGUCAAAGUCUCCGUUGUGGCCGAAGGAGGUUUUGGAGCCUGUGGUUGUGCGUGAGGGGGAAUCACUCUUUCUGCCCUGCAACCCUCCUCCUGGUCUCCCCCCUCCUGAAACCUUCUGGAUGGACAGCUUCAUUAUGCCCAUACUACAGGACAAGAGGGUGUCGAUGGGCUUGAACGGUGACUUAUUCUUCUCCAAUGUUCUGGCCAAAGAUGCCACCACUGACUACAGCUGCACCGCUCGCUUCGAGUUCACACACACCAUUCAGCAGAAGAACCCCUACACCCUAAAAGUGCUAACAAAGGAACCUUAUAAUGACACGUUUCUCAACUCCACUGAUCUGUAUGGUGCACGUAAUGUACCAGAAACCCAGCCUACCUUUCUGUCUCCAAAGGGCUUGUCCAGCUCCAAGAUAGUGCUCCGAGGGGAACAGCUUCUUCUGGAGUGUAUAGCAGCUGGAGUACCAACUCCUACCAUUGAUUGGUUUAAAAGAGGAGCAGACCUCCCGUCCAAAAAAGUCAAGAUUGAGAAUUUCGGUAAAACUUUACGCAUCUUCAAUGUGUCCGAGGAGGACUCUGGCGACUACACCUGCAUGGCCAGCAACAAGAUCGGCAGUAUUCGCCAUUCCGUUGAAGUCCAGGUCAAAGCUGCUCCCUAUUGGCUAGAUAAUCCCACCAAUCUGGUGCUUGCCCCUGAUGAGAAUGGACGAUUAGUUUGUCGUGCCAGAGGGAACCCUAAACCCACUAUUCAGUGGCUGGUGAAUGGGGAACCUAUCGAAAGUUCACUGCCAAACCCAAACCAGCAAGUUCUUGGUGACACCAUCCUGUUCCAUUCAGUCCAGAUCGGCAGCAGCGCUGUUUACCAAUGUAAUGCCUCCAAUGAGCAUGGUUAUCUACUGGCCAAUGCUUUUGUCAACAUCCUGGACAUGGCACCACGGAUGCUAGGUCCAAAGAACCAGCUGAUUAAAGUCAUUGAAAACAACAAGACCUUCCUUGACUGCCCUUUCUUUGGCUCACCGUUCCCUUUACUGCGCUGGUUUAAGAAUGGUCUAGGCAGUGGUCUGGAUGGUGGUCAGUACAAGCUAUACCACAACGGUACUUUGGAGAUUAAACAAGCCCGGCCAGAAGACCAAGGCACCUACACUUGUGUUGCCAGUAACAUUCUGGGCAAGAUGGAGAAUCAGGUGCGCCUGGAGGUUAAAGAGCCCACAAGAAUAGUGCGGGCACCUGAACAUGUCACACAACCCAAAGGAAGCACGGUCCGCUUUCAUUGUCGAGUUAAACAUGAUCCUUCCCUUCCUGCUACGGUCACAUGGCUAAAAGAUGACAAGCCUCUAAGCUUUAGCUGGAUUGGCCGGUUCAAAAAGGAUGAGGAGUCCUUGACUAUUCACAAUGUCAAUCCAGAAGAUGGAGGAACCUACACAUGCACUGCCAAAACUGAGAUAGAUGAGGACUCUGCCUCAGCUCGCCUUACAGUUACAGAGGAUGACAUCUCAUCUGCCUCAAAUCGUAGUGCCUCUGCAGGUCGACCCGACCCCCCUCAGGAUCUUGAGCUCUCGGACCCCUCAGCACGUAGUGUUAGACUCACCUGGGUGCCUGGGAAUGAAAACAACAGUCCUGUUACACAUUUCCUCGUCCAGUUUGAAGAGGACAGGUGGGAGCCGGGGAAGUGGCAGAACCUGUCUAUAUUUGAUGGCAACCUAAACUCAGUUAACCUGCAACUGUCACCAUUUGUCAACUACCAGUUCAGAGUGAUUGCAAUCAAUGCUGUGGGCCAGAGUCAACCCAGCCUCCCCUCUGCACGCUAUCAGACCAGCGGAGCCCAUCCUGAUGUUGUGCCGAGUGGUCUUAAAGGCUGGGGAAGCAAGAAGAACAACAUGGAGAUCACAUGGCAGGCACUUAAGAACACAGAAAGGAACGGGCUAAACCUGCGAUAUGUAGUCUCAUGGAGAAGGAAAGACACUGAGGAAGAGUGGGAUAACAUAACCACAACCAGAACGAAGCACAUUAUUCAUAAUACAGACACUUAUGUCCCGUAUGAGAUCAAAAUACAGGCUGUCAAUGACUUUGGACACAGCCCAGAAUCAAACAUAGUCAUUGGUUAUUCUGGGGAAGACAAACCAUCUGCUGCACCAACAGAACUCAGGGUGUCGAAGAUCAACAGCACCAAAGUAAAUAUUCACUGGGUGCCUGUGGACCCCAGCACUGUGAACGGAGAGUUUAAAGAGUACAAGUUGUACUUCUGGCGGGAGGCCAGCCUCAUAAAGGGCCUGAAAGUGAACAAGACAAAGUUGCAUAAAGGUUUCUUCACCACAGCAGAACAUCCCUCUGGCAUCCUGACAGAGCUUUUUCCAUAUAGCAAAUACAAGAUGUACAUGGUGGUGGCUAAUAAAGAAUAUGAGGGACCACUAAGCAACACUGUGGAGUUCUACACCAAGGAGGGAGAGCCAGGGGCUCCAAAGUACUUUAGGAUUCAGAGGCACACAGAUGUGGUUCACCUGAAGUGGGACAAGCCCCUGGAGCCAAAUGGUGUCCUGAUUGGAUACACACUCCAAUACCAUACAGUGAACGGGACACAGGCGGGAGAGAGGAAGGUCCAGAGUUUUCCACCCAACGUGACAGAGUACAUCAUGAAUCUGCCUAACCGCUUCACGCGGUUCAAGUUCUACCUUGCAGCUCGCACACAGGUUGGAGCAGGAGAAGUGUAUGCCGUGGAGUCACCACAUUUCACUAAUGAAGGCACCCCAGAUACUGACUCUACAGUUGUAGCCGUUAACUUUACAGAUGGCUUGAUGUUUGAAACUCCUCCUCCUCCCCCUUCCCUCUCUACUGACCCAGUCCCAACAAUACUUACCCCAGAACCAGCCACACCAGCCCCUACAACUGCUGCUCCGCCCAAACCUACAACUACUACCACUACUACUACUACAACUACCAAAACUACUACUACCACCACUACUACAACAGCUUCCACCACGGUUCUUCCUGUUCGGCCCAUGUCUCCUAAAACAGUGGAUUGGAAAAUGCUGGCCCCGAAUGUAAAAAUCUGGAAUCUGACCGUGGAUGCUAACAAUGACUAUGCUAACGUCAGCUGGAAGCACAACUUCUCCGUUGACAGCAGCGAGUUUGUGCUAGAGUUCACACUGGACAGUAAUGGGUCGAUGAAAAGCAUACAAGUAAACCACCAGCCUCCCAUUAAACUGGCUGGGCUGGUGGCCGGGGCCAAGUAUCGGUUGCGGGUGUAUUCCCAUGAGCAUAACUCCAUCAGCAGCGACUAUGUCACGUUCGAGACAGGCAGAGCCUACAAGGAGCAGGAAGACAUUGCUACUCAGGGCUGGUUCAUUGGGCUGAUGUGUGCCGUCGCUCUAUUGGUUCUCAUCCUGCUCAUUGUUUGUUUCAUCAAGAGGAGUCGUGGAGGAAAAUACCCAGUGAGAGAAAAGAAAGACCUCCCCUUAGAUGCUGUUGACCAUAAAGACCAAGAUGGUUCAUUUGACUAUCAGAACGAGAACAGGUCUCUUGAAAGGGAAAGCAGUGACGAAGACAACAAGCCAUUGCAGGGUAGCCAGACGUCCCUGGACGGGAACGUAAAAGAGAGCGACGACAGUCUGGUGGACUAUGGUGAAGGAGGAGACGGCCAGUUCAACGAGGACGGCUCUUUCAUUGGCCAGUACACAGUUAAGAAGGACAAAGAGGAGACGGAAGGAAACGAGAGCUCAGAAGCCACGUCACCCGUUAAUGUCAUCUACUCUCUGGCAUAGUACCCUGACCUGAGCACAGCGCCCCCGAGCGGACCGGAGGGUGCCACUACACGCAUAAAAAUACAUAUAUAUAUAUAUAUAUAUACAGAGAGAAUUACAAGUAUUCACAUACAACGCACUGGAGUGCAUGAUCCUUCUGAACAAGGGAUGGGGAAAGGCAGGUGAGCCAAAAACGGUGUUCAGAAACCUUUGUUUAAGGUGUCCCCAUGCCCCACACGGACUUUAGUGUGCCUUUAGGGCGACGGGGCGGACUUUCAAGCUUUUCAUGUUGCUUAUGCUCUUCUUUUUUUAUUUUGUAAAUCUUUAAUCUGCCCCUUCCUCCUCCUCUUAACUGUAGCUAGCAUCAAAGAAACAGAGAUACAAGCACCAGACCUGUGACAUAUCAACUGUGGGUCGACUCAACUGCAGAAUGUCGGCAAAUACGUUUAUCAUAUUGAUAAUUCCGCAGUGAAUGAUCCUUUUUUUCCCCACCUCAGAUAAGAUGCGUCCAAAAACAUGAAUUCUGUAUACAGUGCUGGCACGGUUUGAUGUGCUUUAUAAAACUAUGCACUAUGUAUUAUCAUUAUCAUGCUUUUGAGUUAAAAUUGGACGUUGGAAUCUCGUGUUUACUUUUUUAUGUUGACUUUCGCAAAGAAAAAAAAAACAUUCAGUCCUGGCUGUAUUCCUGUAUACAGGAACUGAUAUCAUGCUUUCAUUUGCCAUUGCUCUGUUAAUAUAUUUUCACUGGCUGCAACUAUUCAAUGCCACCUAUAUUUGUCGGCCGAGGUUAGAUGGCAUCACAUGUAAAUGAAGAUAAAAAGACAAUAUUUUGAAGCAUGGUAGUAUUUUAGCGCAAAGGACAAUGGAGAGGUUGUAAUACGAAGAGUUAAAUACACAAUGAUAUAUUCAUUUUUUUUAAUAAGACUUGCUUUAUAUAGUCCUCAAAAGAGAAUGAUGAUGAUGACGAAAUGAUCGCAUUUGUUUUUCAUUCUUUCGUUUUUUAAAAUCAGCUUGGUGGAAAUUUCAGCAUCAGAAUAAGUUUCUUCAAGGAGUCUAAAAAAGUUUGGGGUGCAUCAAUACAUAACUGGGUUGUCAUAUGAGGAUUUCUAGACAUGAAUAACUCAAUAUAGACAUACAGAGUCGGUAAUGAGAAGUGUACAUAUUGUUUGGGGUUGAUCCAGUGUUGAUUCUCUUUGUCCGGAGUUUGGCUGAGACACUGCCCUGAAGACAUGCCACUGUAACUGUAGUGCCACUCUCUAUCUGAGCUCUCAUAAUACGACCAUUACUUUAUCUUCUGCACUACUAUGUACUUACAGUAGGGUUCAAAAGUCUGAGGCCACACUGAAAACCUGGGAGUUUUUUUAAUUGCACCUGGAAAUUAACAACAUUUUAAGAUUUGGAAAAAUUGAAAACUAAAAAUUGAUACAUUUAAUGUCAACAUGAAAUCAAAAUUCACAAUUCUUCAUUUUAUGGAAUGUUGUAGAGUUUAAUAUAAAUUAUUUGUUUGUGCACAUCAUUAUUUAAAAAAAAAAUAUUUAUGUGCCAUUCAGUUCUCAAUGGACACAAUCUCCUUUCCUUUGUUCGAGAAGCUGUUUCACUCGGAUUACCUCACAACAGGGAAAAAAACACGAUGGCAACUUUAAGAUUUAAUUAAAUAAGCCAUUGAUUCAAUUGAAAUAAUGAGUCUCUUGUGACUUGUAACACUUCUGCAUUCAAAGAGCAUCUUGUGUCUUUGGAUGCUCUCAAAUCCUGCUGGAGGACAUGAUCGUUUGGUUUUACACAAACUUGAGCUCACGCAGCUUCAUUUCUGCUGUCAUUAAAGCAAAAGGUAAAAAAAAAAAACAUAUAUUAAGACAUUCUGAAACUUAAAAUGUUUUGCUAAUGACAAUUUGUAAUGAAAAAUGUUUAUUAAAUUACAAAACAAUGUCAGUGCAUUUUCACUAGUGAUCUUAAACUUUUGGACCCUUCUACAUAUUUAUCUUGAUUUGUAUUUAUAAAAAUAAUAGGGACUAAUAUAUUAAUAAUUUAUUGAUGACUGCACAACAGCUUCUCGGAGUCUGAGCUGUGACGUUAGCACAUUGUGAAAGCUUCUCUGUGAAAUGUAGAUGAAAACAUACUUCAGAGAUCAAGGACCAUGUUUGUGGCGAUGUAAAAUAUGAAAUGUGAUGUCACCAUUAAAAGGAGUAUGUCUUA